AGAUAAUUGCAGUGACGUCAUCACCGCGCGACUUUUGGGCAGGUAAACAUUUCCGCCGUAUCGCCAUGGAUUCAAACAAGGACGAAGCAGAGCGAUGCAUUAAAAUAGCUCUAAAUUCGAUCACCAACAACCAACCCGACAAAGCCAGGAAGUUUCUGGAAAAGGCGCAGCGUUUAUUCCCCACAGACCAAGCCAGAAACUUAUUGGAGUCCUUGGCCCAGAAUGGAAAGCCUCCAGAUGAAAAUGGCGGUCCUGUGAACGGAGACGAACCCACUAUGAGGCACCGCAGUCACAGAGAUGAAGCUAAUGUGUCUCAAGGGCCCACAGAGUCUUCGAAGUCUUUCACAGCGGAGCAGCUAGAGGCUGUCAAAAAGAUUAAAAGCUGUAAAGAUUAUUACCAAAUUCUGGGAGUGGAAAAAACAGCCUCUGAGGAGGACCUUAAAAAGUCUUACAGAAAGCUGGCGUUAAAAUUUCACCCCGAUAAAAACCACGCACCCGGAGCCACUGAAGCAUUUAAAGCCAUCGGCAAUGCUUACGCCGUUCUGAGUAACACUGAAAAGCGGCGGCAGUACGAUCAGUACGGAGAGGAGAGAACACACCCCAACAGACACAGACACCACCACGACUUUGAAGCUGACAUCUCCCCCGAGGACCUCUUUAACAUGUUUUUUGGUGGAGGAUUUCCAUCAAGUAAUGUACAUGUUUACAGAAAUGGCAGAAUGCACUUUGCACACCAUAAUAGACAAGAGAGACGAGAGCAACACAGAGAUGGAGGUCUGGCUCUGUUUGUCCAGAUUUUACCCAUCUUGAUUCUCAUCGUCGUUUCUGCCCUCAGCCAGUUGAUGGUCACACAGCCUCCAUACAGCCUUAGCUAUCGCCCGUCUGCGGGACAUAUACACAAAAGGCAUACAUCUAACCUGAAGGUGCCUUUUUAUGUGGGGGAACGUUUUCAUGAAGAAUACUCCGGUACUCUGAAGUAUGUUGAGAAAAGCGUAGAAGAAGACUACAUCUCUAAUCUAAGAAACAACUGCUGGAAGGAGAAGCAGCAGAAGGAAGGUUUGCUGUACCGUGCUCGCUACUUUGGAGAUUCUGAACUGUACCAAAGAGCACAGAGGAUGGGAACUCCCAGCUGUUCCAGGUUAUCUGAGAUUCAAGUCAUACUGGAUGGCUAGAAACCUCUUGUACGUAGAUAAAUGGACUUGUCACUACUUGAAUCAAAAUCAUAAAUUGGAGCAUCAUUUUUCACCAGAGAAUCUAACAAAAUGCCUUCCAUGCAGGAGGCGGCGGCCUCAUCAGGGAACCAUCUGUAACCCGAUGUAGGCGGGACUUCCUGUAGGACUGUGACGAGCUUUUUUCUUUUUCUAGUGUCCGGACGACGGUGGAAAGUACACGCCCCCUUUGUCGGUUUGGACUCCUAAAAGGUUGCAGAGAUUAGCUUUCUUGGUCCUGAUUUUUAUUUUUUUUGUUUUUUUUUUUUUUGUUAGAGAAACCUCAAAGCCUUCUCAUAGAUGGACAGUCUGAGCCAUUAAAAAAAUAAAUAAAAGUGUGUAAUUUUUAUAGUUCGAUGUAAAUAUUCCACUUUACUUUUAACAAUGCAGGGGUUAUUAGUCAUUUAUUACCAUUUUGUGAAUUUUCUCGUAGCCUGUUGGAGCAUAAUUAUUGAAAGUUGUUGCACAAAUAAAGUAAAACCAUAUUUAUUAAUUAA